UUGCUUGUUUUGAAAGCACUGUUCUCUGUCAUGGCCCGUACAAAGCAGACAGCUCGCAAGUCUACUGGCGGCAAGGCGCCGCGCAAGCAGCUCGCUACCAAGGCGGCCCGCAAGAGCGCCCCAGCCACCGGCGGCGUGAAGAAGCCCCAUCGCUACCGGCCCGGAACCGUGGCUCUGCGCGAGAUCCGCCGCUACCAGAAGUCUACAGAGCUGCUGAUCCGGAAGCUGCCUUUCCAACGUCUGGUGCGGGAGAUCGCGCAGGACUUCAAAACAGAUCUGCGUUUCCAGAGUUCAGCGGUGAUGGCGCUGCAAGAAGCUUGCGAGGCCUACCUGGUGGGACUGUUUGAGGACACCAAUCUGUGCGCCAUCCACGCCAAACGAGUGACUAUCAUGCCCAAGGACAUCCAACUCGCGCGCCGCAUCCGUGGCGAGCGAGCAUAAGCUGUAUUGAGGCGGGGCUUGCUUGCUUUCUCCUUCCCGAAGGCUCUUUUCAGAGCCACUGAUGUGUUCAUUGAGAGUGGCUGUUACGCAGUUAGGUCUUCAAAAUGCAACCCUAAAGCCAAUUGGGG